CCAGCCUGAAAGAUGCCGGCCCCGAUUCCUUCUAACCUAACUAUGUACAUCGAAGCUCAUCGGAAAUGGGUGCGGGUUGUCCAGGAGACGAAGGCUUUGAUGGAGAAGGACAGAGAAUUACAGACGAAAGCAUCGGAAGGUCUCCGUCUGAAACAGCGUCACAUCCCGCCGGAAGUGCUUGGGGGGUUGUACGCGAAGUACUGCGACCUCGCCAACCGGAUGUACCAAUCAUAUCUGGACAGUGUGCAGUUACAGCGCGCUCCAUACAUUGCUGACAUCAUCAGGGUUAUCAUGAGACGGUUAUAUGAGCUGCGGAAGGAGCUAGUGCUGCUCAUAGUGAACGACUACAUAUACGUAGACGCCGCCCUUGUGCAGCAGCAUUUCACUCCGCAAGAUAUUGAGGUGGUAGUUCCAUGUCACUUUGCGAUGGAAACACGAAAAGAUUCCAUAGAAGAAGUACUUCAGGAUAUUUGGGCGGAAUCUAUAGAGAGGAUGGCUGCGCCAUCUAUGGUACACAAAUCCACCAGUGCCUUACACAAUCGGCAACUAAGCAGCGAAGAGGCCGUAGCCGCAGUUCCCAUGAAGAAAGAGUCUGUUAUCGUCGUACCUGAGGAGUACAUACGAGCUACCAUCAUCCAAUCACAUGAACGAUAUAGACAGUAUUUCAUGAGAGACUACGCAGCCAAAUGUACGAGACGACGAAUGUAUUUUGCUAAAAAAGUGAAGCCGGCCCCGCUACCUUUGAGGACGGAAGCCGCGACUCUCAUCCAAAGGGUUUAUAGGCGGUGUAUGGAAAUCAAGAGGCAAAGAAUGCGAGACUAUAAGAGGGAUGUUUUAUUGGGGAUAGUUCCAGACCCAUGGCGCGAGGGGCGAAAGCUGAACCUCAAAGAGAAUACUAAGAAAAUAUACUUAUUGCGACGCCGCACCAACGAGAGAACGAGACAGAAGUAUAUGGAAGAGAUGGACAGAGAGAACACCAGGCUGAUCUGGUUGAAGAGGGAUUUACAGAUAGAAGACAUCACCGACCAUAUUCGGGAGUGGUUUAAAGAAUGGUUUUACGGAUACGGCUUCUUCCCCAUCUACCCGUAUGAUGCGGAAGGCGGCACCAUUCUAGUGAUACGAGAGCAGUAUAUCACUGUUGAAGAGAAGUAUGAAGAAGAUGAGAAAUUGAAAGCUGCUACCAAAGGGAAGACUAAAGAAAUGUUGAGAGACGAGAAGAAGAGAGCGAAAUUCGACGCCAUCGAAAAGGCUCUAGCCCAGAAAGAGAAAGAAAAGAAGCUGGCAGAGCAGGAAUACAAGUUUAAGUGUAACCCGCUGUUUGAUCUGGGAUACAAGAUUAAGCAGUCACCCAAUAUGGAGGAUUUGCAUCAGGUUCUGCAGAGCUACUACAGCUGCUGGUCCGUCUACGAUAGCUUCUCGCCAGAGUUGGAAGGCGAGGUGGUGUAUGGCUACAUCCACGCCAUCAUGAGCGAGGAAUUGAUGAACCAGCUCCAUGUGGAAUGCAGGCGAUAUGUGGACGAGCUUAUGAGAUUGGAGUUAACACUGCUCGUGGACGCGCACAAGUUGGAUUACAAGAUGAUGGGCUGGAAGUACCCGAAGAUAAAGCCGAAAAGACCACCCCCCAUCCGGGUCCCCAAACCCUUCAAUGUGGACGUCGAUAAGCUUGAUCGUUUUAAGUACCUGUUCGACCUCGGGAUACUUUCGAAGCCGUCGGGGAAGAUCGACGACAUCAUAGGCGACUCUAACUACGUAGCCUACGAAUGCAACAUUACGGAUCCGAAUUCAAGUUUCCCACCGCCCGGCUACGGCGACGUGCGCCGACGUCUCGCGCUGUCCUGCGUGUUCGGGGCCGGGUUCGAACCCGGGGCCGUGCGCAACCGAGCCGUGCUGCUGCUCGGCCCGCCGCGCAACGGGAAGAGCUUUCUCGUAGACUGCGUUGCUGGGGAGAUGAAUGCAGUAAAAAUAGACAUAUCGCCAGAAAUGGUCAGCGCCGUGGUGAAGUGGCCAGCGAAGACGGUGCAAGACGUAUUCCUGGCCGCCCGGGUGUUCCAGCCCUGCGUGGUCUACAUGAGAAACGUCGAGAGGGUGUUUCUCAAUCCCGUCCCACCAGAGCAGAGAUACUUGAAUGCAUCACGUGUGAAGGCGGUACUAGCUAAGUGUGUGAAAGGGAUAGCUGCUGAGGACAAAAUCAUUUUUAUGGCGACCUGCUCAACCCCAUACGGCUUUCCGGCAGCGCCCAUGGUAUCCAUUUUCGACGAGAUGAUCCUAGUACCGCGUACCGACUACAAUAGUCUGCAGCUGUUCCUCUACCACAGGCUGCAAAGUAUAAGGAGCAUGGAGCGUGAUUUCUGCGUGCAGAGCCUAGCCAAGAUGCUGCAGGGCUACGGGUUCGGAGUCAUCAUGGAGGUGUUCAACCGAGUCAUGUCUGCCGAGAGAAUUGUCAGACUGAACAUCACUCCGCUCUCGCCGGUGGAAUUCCACAACGCCAUGGAGAGCUUCGGCUUCGAGGCUCUCAGUAUGGAGGUAUAG